AUGAAGCCCAUCAUUGCUAUCCCGGCCAUCUUGGCACUCGUCUAUCGUGCCUGGUCCCGGAAAUCACUGACCCCGCUCGGCCUUGUCGCCGCGGGCCUAACCGCCAGCGCCCACGCCGUUCAUCCCUGGUCAGUUCCGUUCGCCUUGCUGGGCGUAUUCUAUCUGGGAGGGACGAAGGUGACGAAGGUAAAACAUGACGUCAAAGCUCGUCUCACGCUCUCUGCCUCCGGCUCGGAUGGCGGCGAGGGCCAACGCACUCAUGUCCAGGUUCUUGCCAAUUCCAUCGUGGCUUCUGUGCUCGCCCUCCUACAUACUCGCGCGCUCGCUGUAUCCGGCCUCGAUACCGGCUGCUUUUCGAAUGGUGGCCAUGCGGCGGAUCUACUGGUUGUCGGAAUCGUAGCUAACUACGCCGCCGUAGCCGCCGACACCUUCUCCUCCGAACUCGGAAUCCUCUCCAAAUCGAAACCGCGCCUCAUCACCUCUCCAACUCUCCGUGUCGUUCCCCCGGGUACCAAUGGCGGCGUGACAGGAACGGGUCUCCUGGCCGGUGCGUUAGGAGCGUUCACCGUCGCGGCUACAUCCGCAUGGUUACUUCCUUUCUGCUCGUCGGGUGACGCCUCGGGAUUGGAUCUGAUCUCGAGGGCGCAGUGGAUUCUAGGUUUCACGGCGUGGGGUACGCUUGGUAGCGUGUUGGAUAGUUUUCUGGGCGGGAUGUUGCAGGCUAGUGUUGUUGAUAAGAGAACCGGGAAGGUAGUUGAAGGGACGGGUGGGAAGAAGGUUCUUAUCACGCCCAGCGGAGUGGCUGGAACUUCUGCCUCCAGCUCCGUGUCCACUGCCACAGAAACAGAGACCACGCGGCACCGGAAAUCAGCGGCUGAGGAUGCUAACUCUGUCGACUCGCGACAGGAGAGUCGCCGUGUCGAAAGCGGAUGGGAUAUCCUAGAUAACAAUGCCGUGAAUUUGCUCAUGGCUGCGAUCAUGAGCGUGGGCGGCAUGGGUGUUGCCAGUUGGGUGUGGGGAUUGUCGGUUGGAGAUAUUAGGCUUUGA